GGUAUAGCAUCCUACGAGGUAACGAGAAGCGAGUAACCCCAGAUACCCAGAACGAACGAACGAACCACUUCCGUCAUCGACGCAAUCAUGCAGCUGAAAGUGAUCCUGCUCGUCGCGCUGGUACUGAUGGCCGCCCUGUUCGGUGGCGAAACCGAGGCACGCCGGUUCAGAAAGUUCCUGAAGAAGGUGGAAGGUGCCGGGCGUCGCAUCACCAAUGCCGCCCAGAAGGGUCUACCGGUGGUGGCCGGCGUCAAAGGGAUUAUCGGCUAAUAUAGGCGUUGCCCCCCCCCCCGGAUCGUAUCGUCUGAUGCGUGAUGCGUGGUAGUGGUCAUUGGCCACCGGACCACUGUUUAAUGGCUUACCCAAUAAAGAAGUGCUUGCGGCGGCGCACUCCGAGGAGUCUCGUCUGAGGAGUCUCGUCUGAGCAGCAGCGCAAACGCAAGCGGCCUCUAAUUGCAUCAAA